AUGCGGUUCUUCGCUUGGCUGUACCUCUCCGCGGCAGGCGUCGUCCUUGCUGCGCCGACUGUCCAUCACGACGGGCUGUCUUACAAUGAUGUCCUGAAGCGUGACGGCUCUACUGAAUUCGACGCUGAUGCGUUGUUUUUCAAGCGGGACUUCAGGAAUGACAUGAGCCGGACGGCUCGAAACGAAGUUGAUUGCGGGUCUUGUCAGGUUGACGACGAGUAA